GUCUAAUAGAAAUAGCCUAUACCUAGUCGACUAAUUUAGCCAUUAUUUUCUAAGGUAUAAGCUAUUUCUGUCGAGGCAUCCUAACAUAGUUGCUCGCAUGACUGAAUCAUUAAGUGCGAAUAGAAGAAAUGUCUCACAAGCUGUCAUACAACAAUGGUUUGCUGAUAUAAGAUCGUACCUCUCUGAACAUGACCUUCUUGAAAUCCUUCAGAAACCCCAGCCUAACUAUAACAUCGACGAGUCGGGGUUCCAGUUUUCACCCAAGGUUUCCAAAGUUUUAGCUGCUAAGGGUUCUAAAAAUGUACCGUAUGCGACAUCUUCAAAAGAAAAGGAAAGAAUCACUGUUCUAGCUAACGUUGGUGCCGAUGGCUCUCUCCCUCCACCGCUUAUAAUUUAUCCUAACCUUCGUAUUCCUAUGAAUGUAUACGAAGCCAUUCCAUCCAGUUUAUUUGCAAUCGGAAAAAGUGAAUCGGGAUAUAUUAACCAUCAGGUGCUUUAUGAGUAUCUCACUAAUGCAUUUGACCAAUGGUUAACUCAACAUAAUAUACAAAGACCAGUUAUAGUUUGGUCCGACAAACAUGAAUCGAGGCUGCAAUUUCAUUUAGUUAAAACCUUAGCAGACCUGCAAAUAAUGCUUAUAUUGAUCCCACCAAACUGUACCCAUUUCAUGCAGCCUUUGGACGUAGGAUUGUUUGGCCCUAUGAAAAAUGAAUGGGCUAAGUGUGUGAAUAGGUUCAGGGCUGCCAACCCAAAUGAAUACGUUACCAAAGAUUCCUUUGCAGGAAUGUUCCUGCCAGUGUACACAAGGGUCAUGAGUAGAGAGAAAAUAGUAAAAUCCUUUAAAAAAUGUGGCAUACAGCCAUUUGAUCAAGACUCUCCUGAUUAUACCAAGGUCACUCUUGAAGAAGCCCACUCCGGAGACAGUCGAAUAUUUGAAGGAGUGCUUCAAGACGGUCGUGUUGAAGCUUCCACUCAAGUUGAAAAUUUUUUUCAUGUCAAUGUUGCAACACAGACAUCCUCUGACAUCAUCUUGUCUGGUAACACAAGUACUAGCACAAUGGAAGGACUGGGAGCAGGCCCAAACAUUCACCUGAUAACAAAAUCAUUUGAUGACUUUGUCAUCGAUUCGCCACGAUUUGAUUCACUCAGAAUGGUGAAGAAGCAAAAUUGGUUCCAAUAUGUCUUUGAUCGAAAUCAUCGGCAAGAGGAUGCACCAGCUGUUGAUUCCCUUGUUGUUUCCCCUGUUUAUUCACCUAGUAUUCAUUCUAAUUCAGAUGCACAGUGUUCCUCAAUGUCAGCCCCUACAAACAGGACUAGGCCUAUGUUGGUAGAACCUCAAAGACAAGCAAGACCACCUGCGAUUAGUCCUGCUCUUAAAAAUCAUAAGUGGUUCCCUUCUCCAAAAAAAGCUAUCGGUUAGUGUAUUAACUAGGCUACCUAUAUUUUAAAUUUAUUAUUAUAAUUUCCAUUUUUAAUCUCUGUAAAAUUACCACAUAUAGCCUAUGGUCAUAAAUUUACUUUAUUAUAACCUGAUUAUUAUUUUAAUUUUCAUAUGAAAGGUUCGUAC